CGGCUCCCUUGUAGAUUUACCCCCUUCAUCCAUUCCACUACAAAUUUAUGAGUGGCCUCGACCAUCGAGCCAAUGCAAUCCUUGGUUUUGUAGUUUUAACUUUUUGUUUGCUGCAAUUCUCUCAAACGACCAAUCAUUGUUUUCUUCAGUUUACUCUGAAAUCUUUCAAUAUCUCUUUUAGCUUUCCACAUGGGUGUAGAUGUUAUCGAAGGUUCAGCUAUAAUGGAGAAGAAGUCCAAUGGCAAAGUGUCCCAGCUAAUUAGUGUGAAGCAAGGAGAGCCAACCCUGGUUUCUCCCGCUGAAGAGACACCAAAGGAUCUAUACUUUCUCUCUAAUCUUGACCAAAACAUUGCCGUAAUUGUUCGCACCAUAUACUGCUUCAAGUCGGAUGAAAAAGGGAACGACGAUGCUGGUGAAGUGAUCAUGGAUGCAUUGAGAAAGGUUCUUGUUCAUUACUAUCCCCUUGCUGGGCGGCUAACCAUCAGCUCUGAGGGUAAACUUAUUGUGGACUGCACUGGAGAAGGGGCACUGUUCGUCAAAGCUGAAGCUAACUGUACGAUGGAGGAGAUUGGAGACAUAACAAAGCCUGAUCCUGAGACUCUUGGGAAGUUGGUUUAUGACAUUCCUGGUGCAACAAACAUACUGGAGAUGCCACCUCUAGUGGCUCAGGUGACCAAGUUCCAAUGCGGAGGAUUUGUCCUUGGCCUGUGCAUGAACCAUUGCAUGUUUGAUGGCAUUGGUGCUAUGGAAUUUGUCAACUCGUGGGGUGAAACAGCCCGAGGUCUUCCACUUUCUGUUCCUCCAUUCUCCGACAGAACUAUUCUGAAAGCCCGCAGUCCUCCUAAGAUAGAGCAUCUGCAUCAGGAAUUUGCUGAGAUAGAGGACAAGUCCAGCACUGGUGAUCUCUACAAAGACCAAAUGCUCUAUAGAUCUUUCUGUUUUGAUCCUGAGAAGCUACAAAAACUGAAGAAAUAUUCUAUGGAGGAUGGGGUUCUUGAAAAAUGCACUACUUUUGAAGCUCUUUCAGCAUUCGUAUGGAGGGCUCGGACCAAGGCACUUAACUUGCUAUCCCACCAACAAACCAAGCUUCUCUUCGCGGUUGAUGGCAGGCCUAAAUUCGACCCACCUCUUCCAAAAGGCUACUUCGGCAAUGGCAUUGUGUUGACAAAUUCCAUAUGCCAAGCUGGUGAGCUAUUGGACAAGCCAAUUUCACAUGCUGUAGCUCUAAUUCAGGAUGCAAUUAAGAUGGUUACGGAUGGUUAUAUGAGAUCAGCCAUAGAUUACUUUGAGGUAACCAGAGCCAGGCCAUCUUUGUCGUCAACCCUGCUGAUCACUACAUGGUCUAGGCUAUCUUUCCAUACUACAGAUUUCGGAUGGGGAGAGCCUGUUCUAUCAGGGCCAGUUGCGUUGCCUGAGAAGGAAGUCACAUUGCUCCUAUCUCAUGGCAAAGAGAGGAAAAACAUCAACGUUCUUUUGGGGUUGCCAGCUUCUGCCAUGAAGGUCUUCCAAGAACAGAUGGUGGUUUAGAUAACUACAAAUAUCUGCAGAAUAUUCAGCCUUUUCUAUACCACGUUAGUCGCUAGACAUGCAGCACCAACCGAAGCAGAAUCAUGAAUGAACAAGUAAAGGGUAAAAGGGGAUGUGAAAGGUGAAAUUCUGCUGUGUAGGGGUGGUUUCUCGUUUUUCUUUGAAUAUGGAUUUUUAUUUAUUUAUUGGGAACUGAAGUUAUGUAUGUAUGUUUUAAAAGGUUAAUGUUACGUAUGUCUUAUAUA